CUUUCAAGUCUAUUUUCAGCUAAUGAGUAUUUUGGAUUCAUGCUCGCCCUAGGCCCUUGUGUAGUUUCUUCAUGGUGCUCUAACGCCUGCUGUCCAAUCCCUUAGGGAUUGCGCCAUGAUCCAUCUUCUGUUUCGGUCAACGCGCCAGUCUCUAUGGACUGCUGCUGCUGCCAGGCGGUCCUAUCGUUCACGCGGCGGCAGAGACAGAGAAGCUGCACAAGUGGACUCGCUUGAUGAGUUGUUUGAUCCCGAGAGUGCACACGAUGACCUGUUCAAACUUGAAGGUGACGAUGAGGACCUGUUCAAGGUCGAUGACAAGUAUCCUGACAAGACCUUUGUCAAAGGAAAGAACCGAGUCUUGGAGAACAGCACAGUAGCAAGACUGUUCAAUUCGAUCAAGUCGUCUAAAGUGCGUGAGGCCAAGCAAUGCUUCUUGCUGGAAGGCAUGGCCAAUAUGCGCGAUGCCAUCAAGUUUGGCUACCGACCACUGGCGUGUCUGUAUGAGGGCAAGGAGGGAGAAGAUGCAUUCCGUACGUUUCGCCUAGAUAAUGUACGUACAUUGCGCGUCGACUCUCAUAUCAUGGGAGAGCUCUGCCAGACAUCUUCACCGCAGCUUGUUGCUGGUGUGUUCAAGAUUCCCCACGUCCUUGAUCGCUUCAUGAGCCCGGCGGAGUCUGAACGACUCGAGCGCCGUUCUUACGAGGCGGGAGACUAUCGUCGCUGGAUGUACAAGCAGCACGGCCAUGAAAUCCAGCACCUGACGCCGCAGAUGCCGCUCGUGCUGCUGUGUGAUUCUGUGCGCGACCCAACCAACAUGGGCGUGCUGAUUCGCACCGCUGCUGCGGCCGGCUGCCAGGCAGUGUUUGCGGUCGACUGUGCCAAGCCGUUUCUGAGCAAGGUGGUGCGUGGCUCGGCAGUCACCGUUCUGCAGAUUCCCGUCCUGGACAUCUCCUGGCAAGAUGUGGACGAUCUGCUGAGCAAGGAGCGACGAGUAUUGCUCUCACAUUCCUCCCCCGACACCAUGCAACCAAAGGGCGUAACACUCCUGCCCCCUGACCUGCAGAAUGACUACAGGUCGUUUCUAUUGCAGCUGCAGAAAAAGGACUACAAGCAAGCCAACUGGGGUGACCUAGACGUAGGUUUUGUCUUGAUGGUUGGCAACGAAGCUAGAGGCCUCUCGCUCAGGGGACUGGACUUUGCCAUGAAGCGCCCAUCUGAGCAGAUAUCCGUCCCCGUGAUUGACGGGGUGAACAGUUUGAAUGUUGCUAUGGCCGCGUCGAUCAUGAUUUACGAGGCUAGGUCACGAAUGGUGUGAUCACGUGUCAUGGCUGCACCCCUUAACCCCUGCUUUUUCUUCACUUCUUUUCGUCAUCUCAUGUUGAGUCGGCCAGUAUUGUUUACUCUUUAUGUAACUGAUGUGCCUGGUGCACUUGUUGAGCUAACACGACUAUCACCUGA